UCGAGUUUUUCUUCCCCGUUAUCAAAAAAAAACAGCCGACGAACAAGAACCCUAGAAAUUCAUCCUUCGCCUCCAAAUUUUGAUUCCUUAUCCAGAAACUAAUGACGGGAUAGAAGAUUCCCAAUGUAUGCUUUAUCCGUUCGUUUCCUUUAGCUCUCUCUCUCUCUCUCCGUUUCGUAUCGUCUAGAUUUCGUUUUCUCAGGGUUCUAGCGUUCGUUCACGCGUAUCAACAAGUCUCAGGCCAAUUCAAUACUGAAGAUGUCGUCAUCACCUUUUCCAAUCUUGGACAACCGCCCAAUUGACAAGUGGAAGGUUACGGAGCUGAAGGAAGAGCUUAAGAGACGGAGACUCACUACACAAGGCUUGAAGGUUGAAUUGGUUCGGCGUCUUGAUGACGCCCUUCGUGCUGAGCAACAAGAGUCUCAGAGUCUCAAUACUCCUGCUACUGUGGCAGCGAAUCAACAGGCUGAGAUUACUAAUGCAACUGGAGGCAACGUUACACCAGAUCGGAUGCAAACCACUCCAUCUGCAGCUGAGACAACUCCAGAACCAACUGUGGUCAAGACAACAACUGAAGCAUCGGCUGCGAUUGAGAUAACGCCACCUCCGGUGGUUUCUAAACCAGAGGUUAACGCUGGUGACCUUGAUGAUGUUAGAGAAGUAGCUGGUCUUGAUAGUUCAGUGGUUGAUGAUGCGAAGCUACAAGAGCCUGAGGUUGCAGAUGUGAAAGAUGGAGUGGGAUCUGGUGUGACUGCAACUGAUGCAAUAGUUGCUGAUGAGGCGUUUAAUAAGGCCCAACCUACAGAUUCGGAGCUUGAAAAAGCUGCUACGGACAACCAGGUAUCGGUUACAGGGUGUGAGGUAAAAUCUGAUUGUAUUUCUACUGAUUCUGUGCCAACUAAUGAAAAAAUGGAUAACGAAAUUGCUGCUGAUGAUGUCAAAUUAGAACAAAAUGUUAGUAAGUCCCAAGAGCCAUCAACAGUCAUUGGUGAAUCGCAUCCAAUGGAUGUCGAGAAGGUUUCUGUUGGAGGUGGAGAUGUUAGUGAUGCUGCUAAUGCAGCAGAUAUGACCAAAGGAAAUAAUAAUAAUAUCGAUGCAGGCGACUCAGAGAAGUUGAAUUUAGAUAGAAGUUCUGGUGAUGAGUCUAUGGAGGAUGAGCCUGAGUCCAAGCAAACCGAAUCAGUUACAUCUCAUCAAGUGGUGGAUAAGUCUGAGAAAAAUGAUAUUGUGGAUGCUGGGAAAGGGGAGGCCCUCGAGAAUAAAAGCCAUGCACUUGUUACUUCUGACAAAAGAAAGCUUCCUGGUAAUGAUCAAGAAGCUGUUGGAAACAAUGAGCCUGUGAAAAGGCAACGCCGAUGGAACUCUGGGAGUGUUAAAGUUCCUGAAGCACAGGCCACUAAUAGCGUGGCACCACCCACUACAACACCGAAGUCAACUGGUCUGAAGCGUGAUUUCUCCCGUUCUGACUCUUCGGUUAGUGAGGAUGGACCCAAGGAACGUGUGGUUCCUCCAUCAUCGAAGGAGCCUACGGAUUCACUCAGGAUUGAUCGUUUCCUUAGGCCGUUCACACUGAAAGCAGUUCAAGAGCUUCUGGGCAAAACUGGAAACGUCACUAGUUUCUGGAUGGACAGCAUUAAGACCCACUGCUAUGUAUCUUAUUCUUCAGUUGAAGAAGCGGCAGCAACAAGAGAAGCAGUGUAUAACCUCCAGUGGCCAACCAACGGAGGCCGCCUUCUGACAGCUGAAUUUGUUGGAUCAGAAGAAGUGAAGGCGAAACUGGAAUCUCCUCCUCAGGCUAAGCCUCCUCAGCCACAGGCUCAGGCUCCUUCUCGCCCACCAGCAACUACUUUGCCACCACCACCGCCUUUGGCAAAAGCACCUCCAGUCAUUGAACGUCUUCCUCCUCCACCUCCUCUAGUUGCUGAGGAACAAGAGGCUCCCAUAGUCACUCUGGACGAUCUUUUCAAGAAGACAAAAGCUAUCCCCAGGAUAUAUUACUUGCCCUUGUCAGAGGACCAAGUUGCAGCUAAACUUGCGGCUAACAACAAGUGAUCUUGGUUGCUUCUUGUGGUGAUUUCAUGUCAUUGUUUUCGUAGCAGGCUUCUUAGGGAAUUUAGCUCAGUGCGGACAAAAGUUGAGGACUUGGUUUGGCUAUUAUCUAGUGUUAGAACGCAGGAGAAGACUUUUAUGUUUUUUUACUAGACUUUUGCUUGGAACUUAUUUUGCUGGACCUCUUUGCUCUCCAUCUCCUUUUUUUUCUUUUCUUCUAUGGAGCUUUGAACUAUUGUUGGUUCAAUAAAUAAGUACUGAAAUACUAUCAAUCGUCAAGUAAAAUUCUCUCGUCAUAAA